AUGGCCUCACCUACCUGGGAGCCGCCGUCUACCGGCGUCGUCGCUUUAGACUCCGCUCGCAGGACACUCUCCGUUAUUAUCGCAGGUGAAAUCAAGCUGACACCAACCUCCAAAGACCAUGCCACCGAUAUUCCCUACAGCGCUGAGGCCCUCCUUCGCCUCACAAAGCUUCUGCCCAGAAGCGUCACGACCCUCUACAACAUGAACCAGGUCAAUCAGGUAGCAGACCACUUUCUCAUGCAAUUUUUUAGAAGGCACUCAGCCAACAUCGACGUCGCAUGCGACCUGUACAACACCAUUGCCGAGGACUUGAACAGACUACAUAUCAAAGAAGAGGUUUACCUCGCUAUCUCGGCGCAGUACGGCCGCGUCUUGGUGAAUGACAAAAGCAGAGACAAGAGACUGCUAAAAGUUCAGGGUGAUGUUGAGUCGUUGUUGGAGAUUAUGCUGGAGAUAGAGCGAGAAGAUGAGCAGUUUUCCGGGGUGUCUUUACCAGAGAUGCUAACAUGUUUACUUACUUCCAGGCGAACCCGACGUCUUCGUCAAGCUUGGGGCAUCACGGUUUGGAUUGACGAGCAGACGAAGAUACCGAGGGACGAGUUGAGGCAUCAGUGGUUUAACCGCGACAAUUAUUGUCAGCCGCCAUCGUUGGUUGCUCAAGACCCUCGCCUGAUGAUGUUGGUCGAGUUGCGAAAGAAUGGGGAGUUUGUUAGACACGCGUUCUCUGAGAAGGGGAGUGAGAGCUGGCCAAACGAACCUCGUGACAUGUUGUCGCUUACGGGUUUCAGCUUCUAAUUUCGUGGAAAAAAAAAAUAGGAGGAUCGCAUAUUACCGAUAUGGGAAUGAGAAAUGGGUGAUCCAGGCCCAGUGUUGAGUUUAAAGCUUGAUUUAUCAUUGCUGGGAAGUCAUUGCUGUCUUACUAGCGUCUCUGAUCUCGGGAUUUUAUGUGGCACUUACUCGGGAAGGGAAGCUAUUGUUGAAUUUCGACGUCAGUCGAGUACAUAGGGAUACAAUGGGAAACAG